AUGUCCCCAACGACCUGCCCGGAGUUUCCCAUGAACUGCGGGGCGUUGCAGCCAAACCCAGAUAUUGCAGGAGUCGGGGUGAGCGCUCUUCCUCUCAAGCCCACCUCAAGGCUUACUGGCUUAUUUAACCACUCCAAGGUUUAUGUCGCUUUCAUCGCAUCGGCGGUUAUCACGCUCGCGGCCGCAGGCUUGAAGUUUUUCUGCGGAGGUUCAGGGAGACCCUUUACGCAAAGGCUUGAUGCAGCAUUGAACUCCCUUAUUCUUGGUCUCGCCGACCAGCAAAUGGUCACGGGUCUGGCGAUUCUAAUCGGUGCUCUCAAAGGCUGGGAUGAUAUCUCCGCAUACCACUACAAUCUCAUCGUAUACAUCGCAUGGUUCUCCAGUUUCACUCAUGUGGUAGCCCUUCUCUCCCUCGACUACUUCACUCGAAAGUCCAAAGCCCUGCAACUAUUACGCGGCCUCGGCGUCUUAGCCGUCUUCGCACUCUAUGUCUUUGCGCAAAGACGCUCAAGGACCUUUGGAAACACAGCUGGCUUGCUCGCAAAAAGUUCGGGCGAGUUCCCCGGUGCCGCAGCGUCGUGUCCUGCGCGCUGUAGUGUUGAGAAGCACGCCUCGACUUUGGAUGAGCGUUUUCGCAUCACUGCCCUUGUCGUACUCAUGGCCAUCGCGCUUUUUGACGGCGUUUGGAAUGCCAUUUAUAAAAAGCAGUCCCCUGGCUCACUUAUCUCAUUUAUAUUAGGCCUCCUCAUGCUAGCAGCUUUCGGUUUGGCCAUCAUGUCGCUGGUGUUCGGAAUAUCUGGCGCCAUGCACAUACGUGAUUUAGGCAGAUAUCCCGGUCUCUUGGUUGCGGAUAAUUUUGGCGAUCAGAGCUCGUGGUCUUUUGGGCAACUUGUUGCCGUUAUAUUACUGAUCUUGCCUUUCUUGGCCGCUACCGAAGGAUUUCUUGAGGAACGGACGAGACAAAAUUUCAGAAAAGCAAAUGCUAAUAAGAAGAUUGCAAGUACACAGCUCGAACUAGACAAAGACAAGAGAGCAGAUGUGGAAAGGCUUGCAACAAUCUCCAAGGAGGACGGCUCUCAGGUAACUUCAACUGGAGCUACGGCUGUAGAGCCCACUAUGUUUCUAAGGUCCGUACCUUCAGCGGAGCCACAGGAAAUCACUCCGGCUGGCGGCCGGGUUACACCGAGGUGA